CACGUUUCGGGUGGAGAGCUGUUUGACUAUCUGGUUAAGAAGGGCCGAUUGACACCCAAAGAAGCUCGAAAGUUUUUCAGACAGAUCAUCUCGGCUCUGGACUUCUGCCACAGUCACUCAAUAUGUCACAGGGACCUGAAGCCGGAGAACCUGUUGCUGGAUGAGAAGAAUAACAUCAGGAUAGCAGACUUCGGCAUGGCGUCCCUGCAGGUGGGAGACAGUCUGCUGGAAACCAGCUGUGGAUCUCCUCAUUACGCGUGUCCUGAAGUCAUCCGGGGAGAGAAGUAUGACGGAAGGAAAGCAGACGUUUGGAGCUGUGGGGUCAUUCUGUUUGCUCUGCUGGUGGGAGCUCUGCCGUUUGAUGAUGAUAAUUUAAGGAACUUGUUAGAAAAGGUGAAGCUGGGUGUGUUUCACAUGCCUCAUUUCAUCCCGCCGGACUGCCAGAACCUUCUGCGAGGGAUGAUCGAGGUCAACUCCGGUAACCGGUUAACGUUAGAGCUGAUCCAGAAGCACACCUGGUACAUGGGAGGGAAGAACGAGCCGGAGCCGGAGCAGCCGGUGGUCAGGAAGGUGGCGAUCCGCAGCGUCCCGUCGGCCGACGACAUCGACCCGGACGUCCUGGAGAGCAUGCACUCGCUGGGCUGCUUCCGGGACAAGAACAAGCUGAUGAAGGACCUGCUGUCGGACGAUGAGAAUCAGGAGAAGAUGAUCUAUUUCCUUCUGUUGGAUCGAAAGGAGAGAUACCCCAGCCAUGAAGACCAGAACCUCCCUCCUCGCAACGAUAUAGAUCCGCCGCGGAAGCGCGUCGACUCACCCAUGCUGAACAGACACGGGAAGAGGAGGCCGGAGAGGAAGUCUAUGGAGGUGCUGAGCGUUACGGAUGGAGGUUCACCUGUACCUGCACGACGAGCCAUCGACAUGACACAACACGGACAGAGGUCACGGUCCAUCAGUGGCGCGUCCUCUGGUCUCUCCACCAGCCCUCUCAGCAGCCCACGGCCCAUCCGAAAAUUCUGUGUCCCACCACAGUCCACUGAGCUGCUCUUGUCCCCCAGCUCUAGUAUCACAGACUCCCUAAAACCAAACUCAGAUCAAAACGAGUCAAAAACCCCAACUUCUAACUCCCUAACACCAUAUUCUAUAUUGGAGUCUCUCUUUCCCUACCAAAAGACCCAAACUCUUCCAGCCAAACCCAAAGACAAACGCUUACAAUCCGCCCGAUCAAACCCCCUACCUGAAUCUGAGCCCGAACAAAUUUUAACAGCCAAGUCAGAACCUUCAACUCCAUGUCAGCCUCAAGUGCCCUGUAUACCGGAGAGCCCACUGGUGCGGCGGGCAACCCCAGCAUCCAUCAUACCCCCUCAACUCUCAGUCCCCUUUAGGCCUGUUGUCCCUCUUUCCCCUAUCCGUCUACACCACUUCCACCCUGUGCCCUGCUCUGACCACACCACCAAAUCUAUCCCCACCAUACAGGUGACCCCCCACCCCUCUCCAAGGGGCAGCCCUAUCCCCACUCCCAAAGGAACGCCCGUGCACACGCCUAAGGACAGCCCCACAGGGACGCCGACACCUACGCCACCCCCCAGCCCCUCCAUCGGGGGAAUGCCCUGGAAGACACGCCUCAACUCCAUCAAGAACAGCUUCCUGGGCUCGCCGCGCUUUCACCGCAGAAAACUGCAAGUUCCCACUCAAGAGGAGAUGUCCAGCCUCACGCCGGAGUCUUCCCCGGAACUUGCCAAAAAAUCUUGGUUUGGUAACUUCAUCAACCUGGAGAAAGAGGAGCAGAUCUUCGUGGUUAUUAGGGACAAGCCACUGAGCUCUAUAAAAGCAGACAUCGUCCACGCCUUUCUCUCGAUACCCAGCCUCAGUCACAGCGUUGUCUCGCAGACAAGUUUUCGGGCUGAGUAUAAAUCCACCGCUGGCCCCACCGUCUUCCAGAAGCCUGUUAAGUUCCAGGUCGACAUUACGUACACCGAGAGCACUGCGGCCACCAAGGAGAACGGCAUCUAUUCAGUCACCUUCACUCUGCUCUCAGGUCCAAGCCGGCGUUUCAAGCGGGUGGUAGAAACGAUUCAGGCGCAGUUGUUAAGCACACACGACCAGCCCGGAGUCCAGCAGCUGUCUGGAAUUAUCCAGAAAAUGUAUUAAAACUCCGCCCCCCCACUUCCCUGCACAUCCUGAGACGGACAUUUAUUGACAGACGGCACUUUUCAUGAUGAACAAGCAGGUUACCAAGGAGAGGGACGCUUCAUCCUUCCUCAAACUCUUCCCUUCCCGCUCUGUUGUCUCCAAGGACCAAAUACGAAUACCCAGACUUUGUUCCCACUCAACCUGCGUGCACCCCUGCCAUCAUCUCAGCUCCUCAACCUGUUAAAAUGGUUGACCAGCCAGUGGUAACCAGCUGCACCAACAGGCUCUGUUCCAAAACGUAGUGAGCUGCCUCUAAGAUACCUCACUCUGAUCAAAUGAUAAGACAGCCCCUUAAUGCAAUGCACCACAUUUAGUAAAAAAUGGCGUUAAAGAUGGCAAAGAAAGCACUCUUUGUGCUUUAAUUAAAAUAAGGACUAUUUUACCCAGUUUUUGUAUGUUAUUUAUUUUGUUGUCCAAUAAAGUAUGGAUCUGUUAGCAUAGCAACAUGCUAACAUUAAACUCUGUUGAAAUCAAUUGAACAUUGAGUCUCUCUUUGCAGUUGUUAGCUUAGCAACAUGCAACUGAUGUCAGUUGAGAAUUGAGUUUCUAGUUCACAGACAGUACUUCAGGACUGUCAUUUGUGUCACACAAACCUCUCUUCUGCUGGGGCUGGUGCUGGAACUGGAGUCAGCACUUGUUCAGAACUGGCUCACACUUCCUCUGGCAGUGAGCAGAACCCUCUCCAUCACUGGUCCAGGAUUUUUUUGAGUGGAAAACAGUUGGGCUCCGGCUCUGGCACCAGCCCCGGUGGAAAAGCGGUAAGAGAGCUGAAGAGUGUUUCAUAUAAGUUGUUAGCUUGGCAAUAUGCUAAUGGCAGACUCUACUGAAAUCAAUGAAUAAUCAAGUCUGACAUUUUACAUCCCAUUCUGACUUUUUUUUUUUUAAUCGAAGAAUUCAGAUUUUAUUUGAAAAAAGUUCAGAUUUGAGAGACAUAAACUCAGAAUUGUGAGAUGAAAACUUGCAACUCUGAGAAGAAAACUCCAAAUUGCAAGAAAAAAAAAAAAAGUUUUAAAAGUGGCAAAUAUCUUUUUGAUUUUAUGGCUGAAAAAAACAAAACACAAUUCUGACUUUUUUUCUUGCAAUUCUGAGUUUAUAUCUCACAAUUCAGAUGUUUAUUCUCAGAAUUUUUUGUUUCUAUUUCGCAAUUGCAAGUUUUAAACUCAUAAUACGACCUUUUCUCAAAAUGCGAGUUUAUAUCUCACAGUUCUGACUUUUUUCAGAAUUGAGUUCAAGACCAGUUUGUGAGAUAUAAACUCUAAAUUGUGUAAAAAGUGAGAAUUGUGAUAUCAAAAGACACAAUAACCUUUUUACUUUUGACGGAAAUAUGCUUCCUUCAUGAAGUGCGUUACUUAUGAGGUUACGAUUCAGGAAACCUGGUGCACAAUUUUUUGGCUUGAUUUUGCAAAGAGACUUUCUUUAAACAAAAGAGUCAUAAAAGUGUGUAUCAUUCUUGAAAUAAUAAGGCAGCUUACUAGGUUUGGAACAGAUUCACACUUAAAAUACUAGACAUAAGCACACACUCACAACUCUAGGAUGUUUGCAAAAAAAAUGGAAACAAACUGAGAAGGAAAAGAUGAGAGAAGUUUGAGAGCUUUUCGUGGAGGAUGUGGACUUUUCCAAACUGUUUCCAUUUGCGCUCUCUUUUAUUUAUUAAUGACUUUAUGUUUGGAGAACAUCACUUGAUCUGAAAUCAUUGCUGCAAAAGGACUGAAACAUGGAUUUCAGUGAGUUUGGGACUUGGGUUGGGGUGGGGGGGAAUAGUGCUGAAUGAAUUUAUUCUAAUGAAUGAAUCUCUGUUGUACAGAUUUAACAUAAUUAUGUACAAAUAAAAUGUCUAGAUGUGACACUAGCUUUAGUUCGGUUGUAGAGUCAGAUUUGAAAUCUUGUGUUGUCUUUAUUUAAUUAUUCUUUAACCCUUGUAAUUCUCUAUUUAUUAUGUGAUGGAACCAUUUGUUUCAUUUAAUCAAUUUCAACACUGAAAUGCAGUUUGAUUUGUCCGUUUUAUUUUAAUUAAUUUUUUUCCUGGUCAUUUCAUCAUGUAUGCUACCAGCAGGAUUGUUUUUUUUUAUAUGUGUGUGUGUGGAUAUUUUUGUAUUUUUCCUUCUGUUUUUAUCUCUGUCUUUAUUUAUUGUCAUCUAAUUAUAUAUGAGAACUUGAAUGUUAUUUAUGACAAUAAUGUGUUUGUAUCAGGGCAACACAAUUUUGUUAGUUUAAAGAAACUUUCUAAUGUCUUGAUUUGUAAAAGUACCGUGGACUUCAGAAGAGAUCAAAAUAUUAUGUUAAAACAGAUGAACCACAAAAAAAAUCUAAUUUAACAGUAAUUUAAGAAUGUAGUUUAGCCUCUAUGGGGAGGAAAUGAACGUCUUGAUAUCAAUGUCAGCUUCAUAUCAUUGUUUGUGUACAAUGGAUGACAAAAAAAAAGCUGUUCUUGGAUCAGUUUUACUGUAAAUAUGGUAUGGUGGCCUUCGGGAAGCUCAAAGGCCAUUCCUGCUCUUUGCUUUUGACGUAUUGCUGUGUGCAUGCACGCAUUUUCUUUGCAUGGCUUAGGCGUAACAAUUCUCAGAAAUCACGCUAUUUUCUCAGAACUGUUUUUCUUACAAUGUUUAAUGAAAAAGAAAAAAGACCCCCCCCCCCCCCCAAUUUUUGUUCUGUUCCUGGUUUCCUGUCAUAUGGUAUUUUUGUUUAGUUUUUUGUACGCUGUGAGCGAGCAACGCUCAUUUGCAGUGUCUACAUGGUAGGCUAUCUGUUUAUAAAAUGCUUCCUUUUAUAUGUACCAUGUACCUCGAUCAAGAAGGUUUUGGAUUUUCACGGCCCCCUGUUUACAGACAGCUUGUUUAAAUGAAACAAUAAAGCAAUACUUGUUGUUAACUUUCCUAUUUUAUACAGUUAUAAAGCAAAACUUAAUGAAAAAAAAACUUAAUGUCCAUGCAGAGCAGGAACAUGCAUUUAAAGUUGUAAAAUUCCCCUUGUAUCAUAACUGUGAGCAAUUUCAAAGAGAAAAAUGAAACAAUAAACUCAUUCAAU